CUCAAACGCAUGCUGUAUUGACCUCAUUUCCUUUGUGUUUGUGUGCUGAGUUUCCUGGCUGGUCGAGGGAGUGGAACGUGCUGACGGCUGGAGGACAGAGAGAGCGAGAGAGGAGGAAAGCUUUUGCUAAGACUGAACAAAAAGAAAGAAAGAUCUAGCGCGGGAUAAGCCGUCCUUCAGCAUCACCGCCUUUUUAGCUAAUAAAUCGCUAGUUCAGGUGACAUGUCAGCGGGUUGUCAGCACAGUGAUAGCAGGGCCAUCCCGACCAGGACGGUGCUGAUCAGCGACACAACGCAGCUACCUCAUGAUUACUGCACCACCCCUGGCGGUACUUUAUUCUCCACCACUCCUGGAGGUACCCGGAUUAUCUAUGAUCGCAAGUUUCUGUUGGAUCGCCGCAAUUCCCCUCUUGCUCAGACUCCACCUGCUCACCUCCCUGUUAUCCCUGGAGUGACCAGUCCCCAAACCAUCAUUGAAAAUAAAGAAGAAACUAAAAAUAUGAAUAAGCACGAGAGGAAGACAGCAGCAGGAGAUGACUCUCAGUUUGAGAUGGACAUCUAGCCUGGAAGAACCGCAGUGGAAUACUUGGCAUCGCCUGGUACCUGUGUGCCAGUGGCUUGGCUUGUAAAAUGCUGUGAGUCAUCACAGCCAUCUCAUUUAACAGCCUCUUCAAGUUUAGAAAGGAAGUUUAGUAAUGUGGCAAAACUCCCCUUAGGUUCAGCUUGUUGGUGAUAAAAUGUUAUCUAUUGUAUCAUAUAGGGCUGUGCCAACUGAUUGUUAUUUCAAAACCACUUGUUGCAUUUUUUUUAAAACAUUAUUUACAUCCUUUAAUGUGACAGAUUGGACAGAUAUGAAAAAGAUCUACCUGUAUUAUGCAUAUAGAUAUUAAAACUCCUUAGUAUGAUUUUUUUUUUGUUUAAUAAUUAUGCAGAAAGUGGGGAAAUAUGUAAGCAUAUGACAGAAAAGCAAUAAAUGUGUGUGCUACAUAACUUUAGCUUUCCAAGUCGAAUGAAAUACAGACUGCUAUUACUGAAAUUCAAAUAAAUCCUUCCUGACAGGUCCACAACAAAUGCGUGUGUCAGCCUCUAAAAUAUGGGCCAACUUCACCUGUCUUUAAAGCCAGGCUUUUAGCUUUUCAUUGGCUAUGCCUGAAACUAGUUGUUUAUAGGCUGUGAUUGAAAACCUUUUGUAUCUUUGGAAGUGAUUGUGUUUGUCCUGGAAUGGUCUGGUCUGCUAGGUAUUUUUCAUUUGGUAGCAACAGUAUUUUCAUUUGAUUAGAUUUUUUGAGGCAAUACUGAAUUAUAUUAAACACAUUUCCAAGUGCAUAGGGGGCACUAACAAUCGUCAUUAAAAUGGGCACAGCACUGCAGUGUCAUUUCAAGCACUGGAUUUCUGGAAUGUACCAAAUGCAAGCUUGAUGGGUUCUGCUUUUAGUUCUCUCUAGUAAAGGUAGUGUUGUCUGGGUAAUGCUGCUACUGUCAGCUGGGUUGAAUGGUUCAACAUAGAGAUAACUAGGAUGUAAGUUAUAAUUUAAUACAUAUGUAUUGUUUCAUUUGCAGUGAAUAAUUUGAUUUGCUGGCACAACCCUGCAAAAUAUAUAUAUAUAUAUAUAUAUAUAUAUAUAUAUAUAUAUAUAUAUAUAUAUAUAUAUAUAUAUAUAUAUAUAUAUAUAUUUUAUUUUUUUUUAAAUAAGGCCUUUAUUUAACCAGGGCGCUUGCUUCUUAAAGAUUUUGCUCAAAUGAAAACCUUUACGAAAUAACCAAUAAACAGUAGUCUGGUAGAUUUAGUCAAAAUUCCUUUAAGAAAAAAAAAAAACUUUAUUUAUUUUUAUGGGGGGUAUUCGUUUGGAAGACAUAUGAAACAAAAUGGGGUUUGUAUUACCGUUCUGGCCAGGUGCAUCUCUGAUACUGCCACAUUAGAAUUAUUAGACUGUUUUUUGCAAACACUUUCACUGGUUUUCUAUGCAUUUUAUUUCUUGAAGUCUAUAAACAUCUACACUAUAAAAGGCAGUGCAUUCAGAAGGCCAGGUCAUGUUUGGACUGGCUAUACCAUUUUUUUAAGGGCACUUGCAUCUUUGAGAAAGGAGGUCCUGGUGUUUGUGAAUAACAAUGUUUGACUUGAAUAAUAAUUGUUUAUAGUUUUGAGAAAGCAGUGAUCUCAAGAUGCACUAUGUAAGUAUGAGUGUGUACAUACAGUAUGCAGCACGAUGCUAUCGUUUUGAGAAGGUUAUUCUAAAUAGGCAUUCAAACAUGUUUCAAAGCAAAACAAAAAUCUAUACUCGCACUGGUUUAAGCCAUGUUUCGUGAAUAUUUUCUAAGUCCUUAAUCAUUAAAUACAAACAUUUGAUUACAUUUAUAGAUACAUCUUGUAGAAGAAGCUUUCUCAAAAGAACUAAACAAUGAAUCAAUCAUGUGACUUGCAUGUAUAGCUGGGUUUUCACUUCCAGAAUAGAAUUCAAACUAACACCUGCUGUCUAACUUUUCCUGUAUGCGGUCAAAAAAGGUCUAGUUUUUGUGUGUGCAUUUUGUUUUGUUUAUCAUCUGAAAUUCAUCAUUUGUCAAUAUUAAGGUUUCAGAAAAUACCCGAAGAGAACAAAAAUAUUAUUUGAGAGAUGGGAAGGUCAUUUCUGGAAGAUGAGAAAUGAAGGAGAGGAAGUAGGCAGAAUUUAGCAAAAGAAAAUUACCCUUCCUACCCCACUACAGUGGAACAUUGUGUGGCCUUACCUUAUGUGUUUUUUUGCUUUCCACAUCUGGUUCCCUAAAACUUAAAAUAAAAACUUGCAAUCUGGAUAGGGCUAAAAUUCAAUGCUAAUGCCCCUUUUCAAGUAUUUAAAGGAAAGCUGCAGUUAUUUGACAUUUUUGUUUGUUAUCAUUAUUUGAAGACAUUAUAAAUACUGCUCUGCAGCAUUAAAACACAAAUGUAUUUAUACUGUAAAGUUACUGUUCUGUUUUGACAGACCUAAAUAAUGAAUGUAACUGAUAUUGUUAUAAAGUCAAUCCAUGUAAAGAGACCAUUAGAGGUUCUAUUAAGGUAAAAUGUAUAUUUUUAUUUCACAAGCAUGGAGGCUAGAUGCAAAAAUGUUCUGGUCUUUAAUGUUUUUCUAUUUUUGUUUUUGAAGGACAUGGAAUUAAAAUCAGCAUAUUUGUCACACUGCUAUGUAAAUGCUGGAAUCAUUUGGUUUUAUGUUCUGUUUAAUGAUCUGUAUCAUGUGAAAAAGCAUACUUUGUGUUAAAGGAUUGUUUUCUGUUUUUCUGAGCACAUAUUCCAGAUACCUGAAAACCAGCUGUUGCUAGCCUAAUUUGGCUGUAACUGUACAUUAUGGAACAAAGCAGAAAAAAAGCUCCAUGUGACACUUUUUUUUCUGUUUCAAAUUCUUUGUAAUAAAAGUGUACUUUCAAGUGAAAUCAUGCCAAUGCCAGUAGACACUGUUAGAAUAAGAUCAAUAAAAUUCCUUAGUAAUAAGGAUGUCAUAAUAA